AUGCCUGUGGAUUAUAGCAAGUGGGAUGCUCUGGAGCUCAGCGAUGACUCCGAUAUCGAGGUCCAUCCCAAUGUCGAUAAACGCUCCUUCAUUCGCGCUAAACAAAACCAAAUACACAUGGAGCGACAGCAACGUAAGCUCCAGAUCGAAACCUUAAAAUACGAACGCCAAAUCAACGAUGGAUUAUUAAAGAGAAUAUCGAGCCUGUUAAACGCCCUAAAAGCUCAUGCUGCUGAGGCAGAAACCCGAAACCCUGCCGAGGUCGCUUUCCAAGCUGUCAUGGAGUCUGCCGGUAGACCUGAGGACGACAAGCCUCCUGCUCGACCCGAAGGUGUCCACGCGCAAGAAGAGCAGCCACCUACAUAUACUAAAAUGAUGGCGACUUUACUAGACCAAGUCAACAAGGAACUCGACGAAAAGAAACCCGAGAACCGUUAUAAUGCCAUGGUGGAAGAAAUCGGUGUACAUUUAAGUAAGGUCGAGGACUUACAACAGCAGCUAUUAAGCAAGUUGGCAGAACUAGAGAAGGAAGAAAGCCGCAAGAUUACAAGCGAUGGCAUCCAUACGGGGUUUGAUAGUUCACAUGUCACCAAAUCUACCCCAUCUGAAUCUGGGGCGAAGAAAGCCGACGACUCCAAAGUGGAACUUCUCAACCCCAGCUUCUCGCAGUCUAAGCCGGAGGAGUCGAAGUCUUCGUCAGCCACGGAAGACGACGAUAGCGAGAUCACGGCGUCACCUGACGCUCAAAAGUUCGCCAAGAUAAAGGCAUCCGAUUAUCGAGAAAGCAAUUCCUUCAUUGGUGCACACCCACACAUCUUAACCGAGAAGGAAACCGACGGUAUUCUAAUCAUGGCAUUUGAUGCCCAGCUGGAAGGGAAUGAUGAUUUCGCACGACAAUGCGUCCACCAAGCUCUCCUGUUACAGUAUUGUCGCGCGUUAGGUAAAGACGGCGUCGCGCUCUUCUUCAAGCGUAUCACUACCAAAGGUCACCAAGCGCAGGAUGUCUUCUAUAAAGAUGUGCAAGAUACAUACUACAGGAUCAAGAACCGUGCGGCUGAAAUUAAUGCCCAGCGAGAAGCUGAAGGUGGAUCCGGAGAAGGAGUGGAACAGAUCCAAUUGCACGCUGUGGAGCCGGGUACCGAAAUCAAGAUUAAGAUCCCACCUGAGAAAGGAGAGGACGAAGCCGAAAAGAAAGGUCGCGAGAUUUUCGAAGGAUUUACCCCGGAAAUGCAAAAGGCCUUAGAAUCUGGCAGUUUAGAUAAGGUGAACGAAGUACUCGGCAAAUUGAAGGUUGAAGAUGCCGAGGAAAUAGUUGCCCUUCUCAGCGAGGCUGGAAUUCUGAGCGUAGAAGAACAAAUAAUAGAUGCCACUACGGAGGCAGGACAAAAACAUCUGAAAGAGAUGGAAGAACAAGCGGCACUAGAGUCGUAUGCGGACGAUCCGGAGUAA